UCAAUGCUGGGGGUGAAAAUAAAAGUGGGUUCCAGAGAGAGAGAGAAGAAAGGAAAGAGAAUGAUAGCGAUCCGUUCCGAUUCAGUAGGCUAUUAACAGAUACUGGUAUUGACUGCCAAAAAUAGGUGGAUGGUUGAAAUGCGUCCAGUUUAUUAGAAGUUUAAAAGGAGAGAAUGUCCCGGCAUAACUAGACAGUCACAGAUUCCUUAAAUAAGCCAACAUGUGAGAUAAAUGGUUAAAGCAAUGAAAAGAGGGAAAGGAUGGACCCCUGAUGUGUAUGACUUUGUGGACAGCACACAUUUUAUUGAUGCAAACUUUGAUGAUAUAAUGAAAAAUCUGAAACCCUCAGCUAUUCCUACAAUAUUUCAGAAUGUCCAAAAGAUUAGUCAGCUAAGGAGCCUAAAAUGUUGGCCUGUUUACAAAUGUGAGAUCUUCCUUGACUACACAAGUACCUUACAGAAGAAGGCUACUCACUUGUGUUUGGAUAUGUCAGCUGUUUUGUCCCUGUGGCCCUUUUCAAGCAUGACAGAUACUAUUCUAAGCAGCUUUUUUCUCUGGAAAUUAUUCAACCACAGAAGCAGUGAGGGAUAUCUGAAAUCCAUUGCUUACUAGUCUAGAAAGACUUCCAUCCAUUGAGUGAUAAAAGAUUAAGUGUACACAACUUUUAGUAGUCACCACAUAACACAUUUUGAUGCUCAAGACAAUACUGUUCAUGAACGGUUUAUUUUUCUUUAUGCUGAGAGUGUCCAAGAAGGAAAAGGUCAAAGGUUAAUUGGACAAACAAGUUAAUAAACUUUGUCUUUGAAUCUGAAAUUGUAGAACUUGUAGAGAAAAAAAAACAACUAAGUGUUUUUUUUAAUUUACCAGGUACCAGGUACCUACUAUUCAUUUACUUUGACUGUUGACUUUAAGUUAGAAAUUAAGGAAAGAUUUCUUUGAGCUAUAUUUGUCAAUGACCAUAGGCAUUAAGAGAGUUGACACCUCAUUUUACUUUUCAACAAGAUGAUGUCUUAAAGAAAUUAAGAGCUUUUGAUGGAAUUCUGUGGUUGAAUAACAUAAGGAAUAAUCACAGGAUUCCAUCAAAAUCAUUGCAAUUUGAACAUUGUUGGUAGUGUCAAUGUUAUCAAGUUUACAUAAAGUAUUUAAGUAUAGUUCUUGGUGUUAUUACAUUAUUCAUUUUCUAGUGACCAGGCAGUGUUUUAUACCAUGAAUGAAUAUCUGUUGUAAGAGAUUUAAGGUAUACAACUCCAUCAAUAAUAUCUUUGACAAUAAAAUAUUUUGAUCAAGUUUAUAUUUGUGGAACAGAAUAUGCUAAUGUGUUAAAUGUACAUUUUUCUUUUUUUUUUUUGGAAUAACAACUGAUAUUUAGUUUUAUUUAGUAUUUUUCUACAGUAGAUGCACUGUCAUACUAAAUAGAAAUUUUAAAAAAUUAUAAUAACUUCUAAUCAAAUUGUCUCCCUUUUAAAAUCAAAUAUCUAAAUGAAUCAUGCUACUUUGAUUCUACACUAUCUACAGGACUACCAAUGUACAUUAGUUUUGAACAAAAAGUUGCUAACUUUAAAUAAUUGAUUAACUCAUUUUGAUAUUUAUGUAUACCUUGUAAUAAAAGUGGCAUUCAUUUUACAA